AUGGCUAAUCUCUUUAUAUUCUUGUGCAUCUCGCUUGCCAUUUUCAACGGUAACGUAGCUCAAGAAGACACCGUCUCCGUAGAAAGCGUCGUCUCCGUAGAAAGUGUCGUCUCCGUAGAAAGCACGACCACUCAAGUGAACAAGACGGACGCACCCCACAAAAUGCGAAUAGUUGGAGGCAAAAAAUGCGACCGCGAAGAUCACCGCUUCUACGUGGCCCUCCACAUGCCCCUAGGCUCUCACAUCUGCGGCGCAUCUUUGCUGAGCAGCAUAUGGGUUCUGUCUGCGGCCCAUUGCGAAACGAAGGGCCUCUUCGCCGUGGUCGGCUUCAGGUUGGCCAGCUUCAAGCCCUACCAGGCCUGGACCAAGAUCUGGCGCUUCUUCCAGCAUCCCCUGUAUGACGACGAUACAACCUUGAAUGACGUCGCAGUUGCCAGAUUGGGAUCGCCAUUGAAAACCAACCGAUACGUGCAGUUCGUGGAGCUGCCCAAGAAACCGUACGAAGGCGCUUUGGAGCAGGGACCGUGUUUCAACGUGCUGGCGAUGGGGUUCGGCACUAGGCAUUCGGGUGACGACGAACUGUCGAAAAUUUUGAACUGCGUGCACAUAGAAUCGAUCUCUCUGGAGGAGUGCAGGAAGCUUUACCCAAACGACAAGCUGAUCAACGUUCUUUGCACCAAUACGGUGGGAAGGGAUUCUUGCCAGGGGGACUCUGGGGGGCCCUUGAUGUGCGAGGGGGUGCAGUACGGGAUAGUGAGUUGGGGGAUAGGGUGCGGCCAGGGGUCGCCAGGCGUGUAUACGAGGACGGACAAGCAUUUGGGGUUCAUAUUGAGCGCGAUCAUGUUGCGAAGCUCAGGAGAGAAAGUUCACUCUGGUCCGAUACUCACUGCGAUGUCUUGUUUCAUUCUCAUUUACAUUUUGAAUAAAAAUUGA